AUGCCGACAUGGGAUCUUUAUAGUCCAAAAGCGUAUCAGAUCAUGAGGAAAAUGGCCUAUGAACCAUCAAGGAAUCAGGGCUUGAAUGAUGGUAAAGGGAUGUUGGCACCCUUUGCAGUUAUCGAGAUCACAACAUCUCAACAUACACAAAAGCAAGGCCUUGGUUAUUCGGGGCAUGCUAGUUUACCUCCAUGGUCGUUCUUCACUAACCAAAUCUUUCAUGUGACAGUAUCCCAAGAGUUGUCACUAUCUCCUCUUGAACUCAUUCCCGAAGAAAUCAUUCUCCAAGAGUCUCAAGAAGAAACUUCUGAUUCUAUACCCCUUGAUGAGGAAGAAAUAGAGAAAGCACUAGAGGUCUUGGAAGAUGGUGGUCAAGCCACAACAGAUGAUUUAGAAAAGAUGAACUUGGACGAUGAUGUUGACCGAAGACCCACUUUCAUCUCAGCUAUUAUGUCUCCUGAAGAGAAGGAGUACGCUAAAUUAUUGCAAGCCAAUCGAGAUAUCUUUGCCUGGUAUUAUCAUGAGAUGCCUAGUCUUGAUCUUCAAGACAUUUUCGCAGCGGGUACCGACACGACACUUGCAACCCUCGAUUGGGGCAUUACCGAGCUCAUCCUGAACCCAAGAGUAAUGAAAAAAGCUCAAGACCAUAUAAGGAGCAAAAUUGGAUGUAAAGAUCAAAUUGAAGAGAGUGAUUUGCAAGAGCUAAACUACCUGAGAGCAGUGAUAGAGGAGAUCUUCAGGUUGCACCCACCUGUCAUUGUGUUGCUUCCUCAUGAAUCCAUGGAAGAUGUCAAGAUUGAUGGGAACGAUGUUCCAGCUAAGACGCGUUUCUUCAUCAAUGCUUGGUCGAUUGGAAGGCAUCCAGAAUUUUGGGAAGACCCUUAA